AUGACCACAACAUGCACCCUACCUCUUCAUUCAUUCUUUUUCCUUUCACUCUCUCUCCAUUUUCAUUCUCUGUCUCUCUCCAGCAAUGACUUCAUUUCAACAUAUUUUCACACUCUCUCUCUAUUUUUGCUCUGUCUUUUUUUCUCUUUUUCCAUUUUCAUUCCAUUCUUUCUUUCACUCUUUUCCAUUUUCAUUUGCUCUCUCUCCCAUUUUCAUCCAUCUCUCUAUUUUCACUCUCUCUCCAUUUUUACUUGUACCUUUUCUCUUCAUUUCACUCUUUCUUUCACUCUAUUUCUAUUUUCACACUCUCUCUCUCUAUUUUUGCUCUGUCUUUCUUUCACUCUUUCUCCAUUUUCACUCUCCAUUUUCACUCGCUCUUUCUUUCACUCUCUCUCCAUUUUCAUUUGCUCUCUCUCCAUUUUCACUCUUUCUCUAUUUUCACUCUCUCUCCAUUUUCACUCUUUCUCUAUUUUCACUCUCUCUCCAUUUUUACUUGCACCUUUUCUCUUCAUUUCACUCUUUCUUUCACUCUAUUUCUAUUUUCACACUCUCUCUCUCUAUUUUUGCUCUGUCUUUCUUUCACUCUUUCUCCAUUUUCACUCUCCAUUUUCACUCACUCUUUCUUUCACUCUCUCUCCAUUUUCAUUUGCUCUCUCUCCAUUUUCUCUUUUCUAUUUUCACUCUCUCCAUUUUCUCUUUCUAUUUCCUCUCUCUCCAUUUUUACUUGCACCUUUUCUCUUCAUUUGCUCUUUCUUUGUCUAUUUCUAUUUUCUUUUCUAUUUUUGCUCUGUCUUUCUUUCUCUUUCUCCUCCAUUUUCACUCACUCUUUCUUUCCCAUUUCUCCAUUUUCAUUUGCUCUCUCUCAUUUUUCUUUCUCUAUUUUCCUCUCCAUUUUCUAUUUGCUCUCUCUCCAUUUUUUCUUUUCUCUUCAUUUCACUCUUUCUUUCACUCUAUUUCUAUUUUCACCUCUCUCUCUCCAUUUUUUUCUGUCUUUCUUUUUUCUCCAUUUUUUCCAUUUUCACUCUCUCCAUUUUUCAUUUGCUCUCUCUCCAUUUUCACUCUUUCUCUAUUUUUCUCUCUCCAUUUUUUCUCUAUUUUCACUCUCUCUCCAUUUUUUUGCACCUUUUUUCAUUUCACUCUUUCUUUCACUCUAUUUCUAUUUUCCUCUCUCUCUAUUUUUGCUCUGUCUUUCUUUCACUCUUUCUCCAUUUUCACUCGCUCUUUCUUUCACUCUCUCUCCAUUUUCAUUUGCUCUCUCUCCAUUUUUCUUUCUAUUUUCUCUCUCCAUUUUCUAUUUUCCUCUCUCUCCAUUUUUUACUUUUCUUUCAUUUCACUCUUUCUUUCUCUAUUUUCUCUCUCUAUUUUGCUCUGUCUUUCUUUCACUCUUUCUCCAUUUUCACUCUCCAUUUUCACUCGCUCUUUCUUUCACUCUCUCUCCAUUUUCAUUUGCUCUCUCUCCAUUUUCACUCUUUCUCUAUUUUCACUCUCUCUCCAUUUUCACUCUUUCUCUAUUUUCACUCUCUCUCCAUUUUUACUUGCACCUUUUCUCUUCAUUUCACUCUUUCUUUCACUCUAUUUCUAUUUUCACACCUCUUUCUCUUUUUUGCUCUCUUUCUUUCCUCUUUUUCAUUUUCACUCUCCAUUUUCUCGCUCUUUAUUUUUCCAUUUUCAUUUCUUUCUCCAUUUUCACUCUUUCUCUAUUUUCUCUUCUCCAUUUUCACUCUUUCUUAUUUUCACUCUCUCUCCAUUUUUACUUGUACCUUUUCUCUUCAUUUCUCUAUUUCUAUUUUCUUUCUCUCUCUCAUUUUGCUCUGUCUUUAUUUUCACUCUUUCUCCAUUUUCACUCGCUCUUUCUUUCACUCUCUCUCCAUUUUCAUUUUGCUCUUUCUUUUGCUCUCUCUCCAUUUUCACUCUUUCUCUAUUUUCACUCUUUCUCCAUUUUCUCUCUCUCCUCUCAUUUUCUUUCUUUCUCUCUUUCUAUUUUCACUCUCUCUCUCUCUUUCACUCUCUCCUAUUUUCACUGUCUUUCUUUAUUUCUCCAUUUCAUUCUAUUUCUCCAUUUCAUUCUUUCUUUCACUCAUUUGA